AUGUCCAAGAGCAAAACCUUUUUAUUUACUUCUGAAUCCGUCGGUGAAGGUCACCCAGACAAGAUUUGUGAUCAAGUUUCUGAUGCUAUUUUGGACGCCUGUUUGGAGCAAGAUCCAUUUUCAAAGGUUGCUUGUGAAACGGCUGCUAAGACUGGUAUGAUUAUGGUGUUUGGUGAGAUUACCACUAAGGCUAGACUUGACUAUCAACAGAUCGUAAGGGAUACCAUUAAGAAAAUCGGUUAUGAUGAUUCUGCUAAGGGUUUCGACUACAAGACAUGUAAUGUUUUAGUUGCUAUCGAACAGCAAUCUCCAGAUAUCGCUCAAGGUCUACAUUAUGAAAAGAGCUUGGAAGACUUAGGUGCUGGUGACCAAGGUAUAAUGUUCGGUUAUGCUACUGACGAAACUCCAGAAGGUUUGCCAUUGACCAUUCUUCUAGCUCAUAAGUUGAAUAUGGCCAUGGCAGAUGCCAGAAGAGAUGGUUCCAUCCCAUGGUUGAGACCAGACACAAAGACUCAGGUUACGGUCGAAUACGAAGAUGAUAACGGUAGAUGGGUUCCAAAGAGAAUAGAUACCGUUGUUAUUUCUGCCCAACACGCCGAUGAAAUCUCUACUGCCGAUUUAAGAACUCAGUUACAAAAAGACAUCGUUGAAAAGGUCAUACCAAAGGAGAUGUUAGACGAAAAUACCAAGUAUUUCAUUCAACCUUCUGGUAGAUUCGUCAUUGGUGGUCCUCAAGGUGAUGCUGGUUUGACCGGUAGAAAGAUCAUUGUUGAUGCCUACGGUGGUGCUUCAUCCGUCGGUGGUGGUGCCUUCUCCGGUAAGGACUACUCUAAGGUCGAUCGUUCUGCUGCCUACGCUGCUAGAUGGGUUGCCAAAUCUUUAGUCGCUGCUGGUUUGUGUAAGAGAGUCCAAGUUCAAUUUUCUUAUGCAAUCGGUAUUGCUGAACCAUUGUCUUUGCACGUGGACACCUAUGGCACAGCUAGUAAAUCGGAUGAUGAAAUCAUUGAAAUCAUCAAAAAGAACUUCGACUUGAGACCAGGUGUUUUAGUGAGAGAAUUAGAUCUGGCUAGACCUAUCUAUUUGCCAACCGCUUCUUAUGGUCACUUCACCAACCAGGAAUACUCAUGGGAAAAACCAAAGAAAUUGGAACUUUAG